UCCCUGCCUACCUGCCAGCCUGCUCUCCCCUCCUCGCGUGGCCCUGCCUCGCCUCGCGGCCUUCUUCACGGCCAUCCUCAUGGAAUGCGGGCCCCUGUGCGCCCCGCUGGACCACGGCGCCGGGGGCCCCUCCUGUCGCCAUGCGCCUGGCUCGGGCUGCUCGUGGCGCUGGUGACGCUGCUGCUCGCGGCGCCGGCCUCGAGCGCCGACGAGAUGCUCCUCUAUGCCGGACCCCUGCGCAUGCAAUUUUCCGACUCCAUCAUCGGAUACUUUACUCCCUUUCGGUCGCCAUCAUUUGCUGUCGUGCAUCAAAUGCAGGGCAUCCUGCACACCGUCUGGCAGGACAAGCUCGACCCUAUGGACGUCGACUACCGUUGGGGGGGCUUCUUCUCGGACGUCCUGAGGGACUACUUGCGGACGGCGCGCGGCAUUGCCGGCCUCGGGCCCGGCACCCGGCUCCUGAUCCUGCCCAACCCGGUGGAGGUCACCCUGCCGACGGUGAUCGAACUUUCGGCCAGGGAGGUUGCCCUGCAAAGUUCCCCGCAUGUGGCCCUGCUCCCGAGCCCCGGGCGGACCAAAUACCUGGCGGCCUUGGCCACCUCGAAGGAUGCCGCCGACAUGCUUGUCGAAGCGACCCUCCUCACGGGCCAGCCGCCGGAGUACUUCCUCCUGCACUUGACGCACUCGUCGCCGGUGGCGACCCGGGCCCUGGGCAGGCUGGACCACCUGGGCGGCGGUUCGCUGCUGGCGACCCCGGCGUUCGAGGGGGGUUUUUUCUUUGUCAAAGGCACCCGCAUCGGCCGGAUAAACGCCCUCACGGGCGCCGUGACGGCCUUGUCGGUGGUCCUGCCGGCGCCGGCCGUGGAGGUGCUUGCCACGCGCCUGCUGACCGACCAGGCCUCCUGCCCGGAGGCGGACCUGAUCGUCGUGCUGGACGACGGGACCCUCAUGGUGCUGCUUUGCGUCAACUCGGUCAUCCCGGAAGCCCCCCCGAUCGCGUCGCAUGCCCUCGCGCUGCCCGGCCGCACCGGCACCGGCACCGGCCGGCUGCUCAAUCCCGGGCUGCCCUCCAUCGGCCAGGAUCGCCUGCCCUUCGUGUACUACAUGUGGGAGUCGGCCGAAGCCGGGGCCAGCCUCUGGCGCAUGGACCUCCGGCUUUCGCCGCUGGCCUGGACCAAGGUCACCCUGCCGGCGGUGGUGCCGGCAUCCGGCAUCCUGGACCAGGCGCACCUGCUGCGCCUGUAUGCCGAGGGCCUCCAGGACCGGUGGGCCGUGGUCGUCAACCAUGUGGCCCUCCUGGAGGCCGAGGACUUUGGCUGCUCCACCGACCCGACGAUCUCCUGCGCGGGCCCCAACGGCCCGAAUGGCACCCAACUGGGCUGGACCUGCAGGCUCGGCCACACGGAAUCGCCCUACUCCGAGGUCGGGCGCCUGUGCUCCGGGUGUCUGGAUGGAUUCUACCCCGAUGAGGCAGUCUCCACGCGCCCCUGCGCCCCCUGCCCGCCUGGGUGCCUGGGCUGCGGAGGCGGCAGUUGCCUCCUCUGCGAGGAGUCCCUCCUGUUGGAGCCCUCGGGCCCGGGGCAGGAGGCCCGAUGCGUGGCCGCCUGCUCGGCCGGCUUCCAGCGCGUGGCCAAGGGCUGCCUGCCGGACGAGCGCCCCGCUCGGGCUGAGGUGGCCCUGCCGGCCACGCUGGUGGCCAUCCAGCAGCCGGACGCGGUGUCCGCCCUUGGCGAAACCCACCUGGCCAUUUGCGACGACGGGAAGCUGUGUCUCCCGGAGCCGGUGGAGAUCAAGCCCUUCGCCCCGCGCCGGGGUCUGCUGCUGACCGACCAGCACAAUGGGAUCUUCCUGGCCCGGAGCCAGGAUGCCAGCCAGGCCGAUGUCCUGAGCCCGGUGCAGAUCGAGCUGACGGUGCCCGGGACGCUGUUCGAACGGCCGACGCAAGCCGUCAUCGAAGUGGGCCCCUUCUUCGGGGCGUCCGGCGCGAAGCUGGCCCUGGUCUUCUGCCGGGGCCCGGAGCGUUUGUGGAUGCUGCAUGUGUCCUGCCCGAACUUCACCAGUGGCUCGCCCAAUGCCUGGGGCCCCUUCGUGGCGGAGCACUACAUUCCCCUGGCCGAGGCGAUGCCCGGCUGCCAGACCCUUCGCCGGCUGGACGCGCACACCGUGGUCAUCCACCAUGACGUGGCCGGCGGCGGGCUGCUGACCAUCAACGAGGACUUGUCCCACUCGUACGACGGCCUCGGCGCAUCCGAGGUGGUACACCUGCCUGGCCCGGAGGCCGUGCCGUCGGCCGGCUGGCCCCGGGACCCGGGGUGGGUUUUCCUCCUGGAGCCGGGCAACAUGGCCACCCUCUACCCCCGGGGGAUGCAUGCGCUCGGCAACCUGGCGCAGCACAUCCGAGGCAAGGCCCUGGCCCGGCGGGACCCCUGGCACCCGUGGACGCGGACGCUGCUGCUGAGCACGUCCGUCCCGCACGCCCGCGGGCGCCAGGCCUUCGAGCUGGCCCUCGUGCGGUUCCAGGCCGGUCUCUGGGAGGCGGCCCUGCUGCCCGGCGGCAUGCUGAUGCAUGGCCGGACGUGGGAGCUGCCGGUGUCGGGCCAGGUGCUGGCCCGGGUGCCGGGCACCGUGGCCCCGGCCCCGGUAGAUGUGUCCCUCCUGGCGGUGGACUUCCUGCCCGGGACCGAGCACCCCUCCGGCUUGGUGCUGCUGGCCCCGAGGCUGGUGGGCCUGGCGCUCCUCCGGUGCCCGGCCACCGGGGGGGCCUGCUUCCUCCUGCCGGGGCGCCUGGCCCCGGUGUCGUUGGAUUGGCUCGGGUCCGCCAGCGUGGCCCUGCUCCCGGGCGGCCCGGCUCCCGGCGAUGUGCUGUCCCUGCUGGCCGUGGCCCCGAGCUCAAGCCCCCUGUCGGGGGUCUACCGGUUGGCAUUCCAGUCAACCUGCCCGGAGUCCACCUUCGGCCCGGAGUGCCGCGCAUGCGAUCCCCUUUGCCGGGAGUGCACCGGGCCCGGGCCGGGGGACUGCACCGCAUGCUGGGCCUGGAAUGGCUCCAGCCCGGGCGUGUGUCUGCCCGGCUGCCCCGGCGGCCAGUACCCCAGCACGGACGGCCUGUGUGGCUGCCACGCCACGUGCACCGUGUGUCGCACACCCAGCGACCAAAGCAACACCUGCGAGGUGUGCAACCCCGGCUUCGCCCCCCUGCCCCAGGGCCUGGAGGGGCACCGGUGCUUCGCGUGCGACAGCACCUGCGCCGAGUGCACGGCGCCGCAGGACCCGGGCGCCUGCUCGCGCUGCCCGGCCGGCAUGUGGCUCCAUGCCGGGGCAUGCCUCGGCCACUGCCCGAGUGGCACCUGGCCCGAUGCCAGUGACAAUACCUGCCAAGCGUGCGUGCCCGGCUGCGGGCUGUGCAGCUCGAGCACGACCUGCUCCCAAUGCAUGCCGUCCUACUUCAUGGCCCAGGAGCCGGGGCAGCCGGCCGGCCAGCUCCACUGCAUGAAGUGCCAUCCGACGUGCGCAUUCUGCGUCAAGGCCGAGAGCUGCACCGCCUGCCGGUCGAACAUGGUCUUCCUGGACCCGGACCCGACGAAGCCCUCCUUUUGUGGCUCGAGCUGCGCGCCCGGGGAAUUCCGCCGCAUGGGCCGGUGCGCCGUAUGCGCCGAGUCCUGUGCCCUGUGCACCGGCGAGGCCGACCACUGCGACGUGUGUGCCGAGGGCCACUUCCGGCCGGACCCCGCGUCCCCGAAGUGUGCCCCUUGCCCGGCCGGGUGUGCCUCCUGCACCGGCACCCGGUGCCUGGCCUGCGUGCCGGGGCUCUUCCUCGACCGGCAGCUGGGGGGCCGGUGCGUGGCCGCCUGCCCGGCCGGCAUGUAUGCCGAUGUCGAAACGUGCCAGCCGUGCGACGUCACCUGCCUGACGUGUGCCGGGCCCGGGCCCGGGCUCUGCACCGGCUGUGCCGAGGGCCUGCAAUUGGCCCGGCUGGGGGCCGACUUCGGGGCAUGCGAGUCCGCCUGCCCGGAGGGGCGGUUCUGGCCCGCGGCCGGGGGCAGCUGCCUGCCCUGCGACCGGGCCUGCGCCACGUGCAUCGGCCCGAGCGAUCGCGACUGCUGGCGCUGCUCCGGCUCGGAUGUCCUGCAAGAUGGCCAGUGCAUGCAGGAGUGCGCCUCGGGCCAUGUGGCCGUUGGCGGCCGGUGCCUGCCCUGCCAUCCCUCGUGCCAGGCGUGCGCCGGGGUCCGGUCGACCGAGUGCCUGCCGGCCUGCCCGGGGGAUCUGCUGGCCCUGCCGGCCGGCCAGUCGCCGAUGCGCUGCGUGCCGGCCUGCCCGGCCGGCUACAGCACCACGGCCGGCGGCUGCGUCAAAUGCGGCGACCACUGUGCCAGCUGCCCGGACGGGGCCGGCUCCUGUGCCCUGUGCGACCGGGGGAAGCUGCUGGCCGAGUCGGCCUGUGUCAGUCACUGCCCGGCCCGGUCUUCGCCGGUGGGCGGCCAGUGUGUCACUUGCCAUGGCCUGUGCCGGGCCUGCCAUGGCCCGGGGGCCGACCAGUGUGCCUCCUGCGACGCGGAGGCCCCCCUGUUGGCCGGGGGGGCCUGCUAUGCGGCCUGCCCGGCCGGCUUCUUCCCCCAGGCGGACCUCUGCCUACCCUGCAAUGGGACGUGCGCCGCUUGCCGGGGCCCGGCCGCCACCGAGUGCACCUCCUGCACCGGUGCCCUGGCCUGGAUGGAUGGGGCCUGCCUGGGGGCCUGCCCGGCCGGGUGGUUCCCGGAGAGCCAUGUGUGCAAGCGCUGCCCGGCCUCCUGCGACACGUGCACCCAGCCGCUGACCUGCGCCACCUGCCGGCCGGGGGAGCUGCUCGAUCUGGCCGGGGCGUGUGUGGCCUCCUGCCCGGCGGGGUCGCACCCGUGCCUCGACUCCGGGCGGUGUCUCGCCUGCCCGGGGGGCUGCGCCGCGUGCGAGUCGGCCAAUGGCACAUGCACUGCCCAGUGCACCGGCUGUCGGGAUGGCUUCGUCCUGUCGGCCGGGCGCUGCGUGCAGGCCUGCCCGGCCGGCGAGUUCGCCCCGCCGGGCCAGGCCUCCUGCGCCCCGUGCCAGGCCUCCUGCAAGACAUGCUCCACGGACGGGGGGCUGUGCACCAGCUGCCCGGGCGGCCUGCUGCUGACGAAGGCCGGCACGUGCGUCGGCGCAUGCCCGGCCGACUCGUGGCCGGUUGACGGUGCCUGCCUUGCCUGUCCGGAUGGCUGCCAGCGGUGCGAGGCUGGUCCCGAGCCGCCCCGCUGCGCGGUGGCCCCCGGCGGUGCGCUCACCUGUCCCGGCAUUCCGACAUGCGCCCAGUGCGCGCCGGAUCUGUGGCUCCUGGCGGGCGCGGCCUGCGUUGAGGCAUGCCCCGUCGGGCACUUCCCGGACUGGCAGGCCACGGUGCCGGCAUGCGCCGCCUGCCAUGGGACUUGCUCGGCAGGCCCCUGCAUCGGCCCGGCGGCCGAGGACUGCAGCGGCCCGGGGCCCGGGACCGGGGCCAGACGCCUGGGCCUGGCGAUCGGGCUCUCCGUGGGCCUGCUGCUGCUGCUGAUUCUGCUGAUCCUGCUGGUGCUGUUCUGCGUCCGCCGGCGCGCCGGCAGGGCUGCCACCGGCAAGGACCUGGCGGACGCCGAGGACGCCACCAUGCUGAACACCAUCGUGGAGCUGGCCCUGCCCGGGGCCAUCCUGGUCGGUGUCGACACGGACUUCCGGCCGCUGGACGAGCAACUGGGCGCCGGGACCCAGGCGUCGGUGUAUGCGGCGCAGGCGGUCGGGGCCGGCAUUGUGGCCCGGCUGGGCUGCCCGGACGUGGUGGCCGUGAAGAAGAUGCGGACCGAGGCCAUGAGCACCGACCGGUCGUCGGUCCUCGUCAACACCCUGCCCGAGCUGAAUGCCAUGACCGUGCGGUACGCGGCGCCGGAGGUGAUCGGCGCCUUCCAGCGGGGCAUUUCGCUGGACCGGGCGGCCUUCCUGCCGGCGGACAUCUUCAGCGCGGCGGUGAUGUUGCUGGAGUGCCUCACGCGCGCGGUCCCCUGGCCGGACCUGGACAUGCAGGGGAUUGUAUCCGCCGUGAAGGCCGGCCAGCGUCCAGACACCGGAGCCCUCCCCACGAGCGGUGCCUUUUCCAAUGCCGGUGAUUUGGUGGCCGCCGCCUGGCAGGCUGACGCUGGUCGGCGGCCGCUUGCCGCGUCCUUCCGCCAGCAAUGUGUCAUCUACUAUGUGGCGGCCGGCGGCCUGUCCGAGUCACCGUAG